AUGUUCGGCCGCGUCCUCCUUACCCUCGACGGCAUCAUGCUGCUAUUUGGCGCAUACAUGGCCGAUUGGAACGAGACGCACAUCCAUAAUCCGCGGUGGCCGCCGCAUGCCAAAUUCCACAAUGCGCAGACAAUGACGCUCUCUUUGAUCUUGGGCAUGGCAACCCUCUUCUUCACGUGGCGAACCAACACGUCUGCCGAAAUGGCGAAGGAGUCGUUCCGCAUCGCGGGCUUCUUGGGGUCCAUUUACUGGGUGGCCGGAUGGGCUUCGUUGCUGUACCCCGGCACCAGCGGGCUGGACCCGGAGCAUGGCGGACCGGGGUUCCCGCAGAAGUACCCCUUCACCACGGCGAUUGGGCUCGCCGUGACGGGCAUGUAUCUCGAGGGAGGCUUCUAA